AUUCUAAAGUAAAUUUGGCCUCCUCCGGCCGCCGUAAAAGGGGUUGGGCUUGAUGUUAUCCCGCCAAUUUAAACCUGUGGGAUGGACCCUGGAGAGAUUGAGGGUGGUUGUGGGAGUCGGCAAGUAGGGCUGUGAAGUUGUGUCCUUCUUUAGUUUCUUCGAUUGCAGGGAAGGCAGUGGUUUUGGCUCAGGAAAGUAAACUCAGAAACAUGUGGAAUGAUAUUGAGCUACUAACAAGUGAAGACACAGGAAGUGGGUAUCUAAGUGUUGGUUCAAGAAAAGAACACGGAACUGCUUUAUAUCAAGUAGAUUUGCUAGCAAAGAUCUCCUCCGAAAAGGCCUCAUUAAAUCCAAAGAUACAAGCAUGCAGCUUAAGUGAUGGGUUUAUUAUCGUAGCAGAUCAAUCAGUGAUACUGCUUGACAGAAUUUGUAGAUCGCUUCAAUUGCAUCUUAUAUUUGAUACUGAAGUGGAUGUAGUUGGCCUAUGUCAAGAAGGAAAGUUUCUUUUGGUUGGGGAGAGAAGUGGCAACUUACAUCUUAUUCAUGUAACAUCAAAGCAAACAUUACUCACUAACGCUUUUGUUCAGAAAGCUAAUGAUGAAAAUCAAUAUACUUACCGGAAUCUUGUUAUUGAGAGAGAUGGUUUGAGUGAAGGUACCUAUUACAUGCUGCUGCUUACCAACAAUGGGUUUUUUUGUAUUACAAACCUUCAGCUUGGGAAAAUUCAACAAGCGAUUGAGAAUGUAGACUUCAAUAUGGCAAAAAAGUUACAAGGACAGAUCAAAUCCAGUUUUAUUUCUACUGAAAAUUAUCAUACUCUUGGUUGUCUCAAUCUUGUGGCUGGAGAUUUAGCAAGUGAAAUCCCUGUGAUAAUUGGGGGAACUGGUAAUUGUGCAUUCUCAAAAUGGGAACCAGAUUCUUCCCAGCAAGGAAUGACAGUUAAAAAUGUUAUUGAUGCAGAGAUUAUUAAAGGUGCAAAGAAGUUCCAGCUGAUAGACAAUCUACUUUUUGUCCUUGAUACUGAUAACGUGCUGAGCUUAUGGGAUAUUUACACUCUGACUCCCAUAUGGAAUUGGCCCUCUGUUCACGUAGAAGAGUUUCUUCUUACCACAGAAGCAGAUUCUCCUUCAUCAAUCACGUGGCAAGGGAUUACAAAUCUCAAAUUAGUCGCUCUGACAACUAUUAAGAAGGUGAAAAGCCUCAUGGUUUAUUUAUUACCUACAAUGGAAAUAUUGUAUUGUUUGGAAGUAUCUAGUGUUUCUUCUCUGGUCCAAACAGGAAUUAGCACAGAUACCAUAUACCUUCUGGAAGGAAUUUGCAAAAAUGAUCCAAAACUGUCUGAAGACUCAGUCUCUGUUUUAGUACUCAGGUGUCUUACCGAAGCUUUACCAGAAAACAGAUUGAGUCGGUUACUUCAUAAACGUAGAUUUGCCGAAGCGGAGAACUUUGCCCUUCAGUUUGGACUGGAGGUUGAGCUUGUUUACAAGGUAAAAGCAAAUGAUAUUUUGGAGAAACUGGCUUUGAGUUCUGUGGACACCAGUGAGCAGACUGAAUGGCAAAAACUUAUAGAGGAAGCUAAGGAAAAUCUACAUAAAAUCCAGGAUGAUGAAUUUGUGGUGAAUUACUGCUUGGAGGCUCAGUGGAUAACCUAUGAAACGACCCAGGAAAUGCUAAAUUAUGCCAAAACCAGGCUUUUGAAGAAAGAAGAUAAAACUGUUCCUGUCUAUUCUGAUGGCUUAAAAGAGGUACUAAGGGCUCAUGCAAAGUUGACUACUUUCUAUGGAGCCUUUGGGCCAGAAAAAUUCAGUGGUAGUUCUUGGAUUGAAUUUCUGAAUAAUGAAGAUGACCUUAAGGAUAUUUUUUUGCAGCUGAGAGAAGGAAACCUUGUUUGUGCCCAGUACCUGUGGCUUCGGCACCGGGCAAACUUAGAAAGCAGAUUUGAUGUGAAAAUGCUUGAGAACUUGCUCAACUCAAUUUCUACACCAGUCUCUCUGCAAAAGCUUUGUCCAUGGCUUAAAAAUGAUGUGAUCCCAUAUGUGAGAAGGACUGUACCUGAAGGACAGAAAAUUCUUGCAAAAUGGUUGGAGCAAGCAGCCAGGAACCUUGAAUUAACUGAUAAGGCAAACUGGCCAGAAAAUGGACUUCAGCUUGCAGAAGUAUUUUUUACAGCAGAAGAACCAGAUGAGUUGGUAUUAGCAUCCUCUUGGCAUUGGAUUUCCAUGAAGGAUUAUCAAAACACUGAGGAAGUGUGUCAGUUAAGGACUUUGGUAAAUAACCUGCAGGAAUUGGUCACAUUGCACAGGAAAUACAACUGUAAGUUGACCCUCUCUGAUUUUGAGAAGGUAAGUCUAGAAUUAUCAGAAUUUUUUUUAUAUCAUAGCUGGUAUGACUCAUGUUUGUAUUCAUGCUGUCUUUCUUUUGGCAUCCAGGAGGAUACAGCCACCAUCGUGUUCCGAAUGUUUGAUAAGGUGCUGGCCCCAGAGCUCAUUCCUUCCAUCUUAGAGAAGUUUAUAAGUGUUUACAUGAAGGAACAUGACUUGCAAGAGGAGGAACUUCUCCUGCUCUACAUAGAGGAUUUAUUGAAGAGGUGUAGCUCAAAGUCCACAUCACUCUUUGAAACAGCAUGGGAAGCAAAAGCCAUGGCAGUAAUAGGAUGUUUAUCUGACACAGAUCUCAUAUUCGAUGCUGUGCUUAAGAUCAUGUAUGCAGCCGUGGUUCCCUGGAGCACAGCUGUGGAGCAGCUGGUGAAACAGCACUUAGAAAUGGAUCAUCCCAAAGUCAAGUUAUUACAGGAAAGUUACAAACUAAUGGAGAUGAAAAAGCUUUUAAGAGGCUAUGGAAUACGAGAGGUCAAUCUAUUGAACAAGGAAAUAAUGAGGGUAGUCAGAUACAUUCUCAAACAGGAUGUGCCGUCUUCUUUGGAAGAUGCUUUGAAGGUGGCCCAAGCAUAUAUGUUGUCUGAUGACGAAAUCUACAGUCUAAGGAUCAUUGAUCUGAUUGAUAGAGAACAGGGUGAAGACUGUGUCCUUCUAUUGAAGUCUUUGCAUCCUGCUAAAGCAGAGAAAACUGCAGAGAGAGUAAUCAUAUGGGCACGCUUGGCGUUACAGGAAGAGCCAGAUGGUUCUAAAGAGGACAAGUCUUGGAGAAUGUCUAUAGCGAAGACUUCAGUAGACAUUCUUAAAAUACUAUGUGACCUUCCAAAAGGCAAUCUGCAGAAGAAGGAUGAAUAUGAAGACAUCUUGAAACUGUUUAAAGCUGUUGCUAGCUUACAGGAGAACUUUGAGGUCUUUCUUCCAUUUGGAGAUCACAGCAGUAGUUCCCUGGUAGCAGAGCUCCGGGAACAGUACAUUAAAGCUCACGAAGUUGCACAGGCUAAACAAAAACCCAGGAGCACCGCAGAGCCGUCAGCUGCUGAGGAGAAGAGCCAGGGCCCCCAGGACAAGCUGCACGGACAGGCUCGGGCCCUGCAGGUGUCCACACAAGAGCAGGAGGCUGAGCUGACCUUGAGGGCCUUAAACAAUGGGAAUGUGGGAACAGCGCUGAGAAAAUGCAGAGACUUAUUUAAGUAUCACUGCAAUGCCGACACUGGGAAGUUGCUGUAUCUGACGUGUCAGAAGCUCUGUCAGAUGUUGGCUAAUGAUGUUCCAAUGACAACACCUGUGGGGCUAAACCUUCCGUCCGAAAUACAUGAUUUAGCCUGCCAAGCUGCCACCAUCUGCAGCCCAGAUUUUUUACUAGAUGCUUUAGAACUAUGCAAAUAUACUUUAAUAGCAGUAGAGCUUUCCAGACAAUGCCAAAUGGAUGACUGUGGGAUUCUAGUGAAAACAUCUUUUGGAACUCAUAAAGAUCCAUAUGAAGAAUGGUCUUACAGUGACUUCUUCAGUGAAGAUGGAAUAGUUCUUGAGUCACAGAUGGUGCUGCCUCUUAUUUAUGAAUUGAUUUCAUCACUUGUGCCUCUAGCUGAAAGCAAUAGACUUCCCUUGGAUUCUACAAGUUUACCGUAUUGCUCUAUGAAUGAAGGGGACAGCCUUAUUUUACCUAUUAUAAAUUCCAUCACUGCCCUGCUUCAGAACCUUCAGGAAUCUAGCCAGUGGGAGCUGGCCCUAAGAUUUGUAAUUGGUUCGUUUGGUACCUGUCUUCAGCACUCUGUGUCAAACUUCAUGAAUGCCAGUUUGAGUGAAAAGUUAUUUGGAGAGGCCACCUUAGUUAAAUCAAGGCAUGUGGCUAUGGAAUUGAAAGAGAAAGCCAUCGUGUUUAUCAAAGCAAAUGCUACAACACUACUGCACAAAGUAUUUAAUUGCCGCCUGGUGGAUCUUGACUUGGCACUGGGUUAUUGUACUCUCUUACCCCAAAAGGAAGUGUUUGAAAAUCUCUGGAAGCUCAUAGAUAAAGCAUGGCAGAAUUAUGACAAAAUUUUGGCACUGUCUCUGGUGGGCUCUCAGCUGGCCAGUCUCUAUCAGGAAAUAGAAAUGGAACUUAAGUUCCGUGAACUCAGUACUGAUGCCCGCUGGGGUAUUCGUCUUGGUAAACUUGGUAUUUCUUUCCAGCCAGUUUUCAGGCAACAUUUUCUCACCAAGAAAGACCUCAUUAAAGCUCUUGUGGAAAAUAUAGAUAUGGACACCAGCCUCAUCCUGGAAUAUUGCAGCACAUUUCAGUUGAACUGCGAUGCCGCUCUUCAGCUAUUCAUUGAAACACUGCUGCAUAACACCAAUGCCAGCCAAAGCCAGGGAGAUGCAAGCAGGGAGUCUGCCAGGCAGCAGCAUUCAAAACUCCUGGCCAAAGCCGUCGAGAUGGUUCCUUUAUUGUCGAACACAAAAGACUUGGUUAUCAGUCUUAGUGGAAUACUACAUAAGUUGGAUCCCUAUGACUAUGAAAUGAUUGAAAUUGUCCUGAAAGUCAUAGAAAGAGCUGAUGAAAAGAUAACCAGCAUUAAUAUUAACCAGGCAUUGAGUCUUCUGAAACAUUUGAGGUCAUACAGAAGAAUUUCUCCUCCAGUGGACCUAGAAUAUCAAUAUAUGUUGGAGCAUGUAAUAACUUUGCCAUCUGCUGCCCAAACUAGAUUGCCAUUUCACCUAAUAUUCUUUGGCACAGCACAGAACUUCUGGAAAAUUCUCUCUACAGAACUCAGUGAAGAAUCCUUCCCAACAUUGCUCCUAAUUUCUAAAUUAAUGAAGUUCUCUUUGGACACUCUGUAUGUGUCAACAGCCAAACAUGUUUUUGAAAAAAAACUGAAGCCAAAGCUCCUGAAGUUAACACAAGCUAAAUCCUCAACACUAAUGAACAAGGAAAUAACUAAGAUCACACAAACCAUCGAAUCCUACCUAUUAUCUAUAGUUAACCCAGAGUGGGCAGUAGCUAUUGCCAUCAGUCUUGCCCAGGAUAUCCCAGAAGGUUCCUUCAAGAUGUCCACUUUGAAAUUCUGCCUGUAUUUAGCCGAGAGAUGGCUACAGAAUCUCCCAUCUCAGGAUGAAACACGUGAAAAAGCCGAGGCUUUGUUGAAGAAGCUUCAUAUUCAGUACCGGCGAUCAGGCACAGAAGCCGUGCUCAUAACCCACAAGUUGAACACUGCAGAAUAUUUAAGAGUGAUAGGAAAACCAGCACAUCUCAUUGUCAGUCUGUAUGAACAUCCUACUAUAAAUCAAAGAAUUCAGAAUUCUUCAAGCAAAGAUUAUCCAGAUAUUCAUGCAGCAGCUAAAGAAAUUGCUGAAGUUAAUGAAAUUAAUUUGGAGAAAGUCUGGGACAUGUUGUUGGAAAAGUGGUUGUGUCCAUCCACAAAACCUGGUGACAAACCAUCAGAACUGUUUGAAUUUCAAGAAGAUGAAUCACUACGAAGAGUCCUGUAUCUCCUUCUGUCUCGUCCAAUUGAUUAUAGUUCCAGAAUGCUGUUCGUAUUUGCAACAUCAGCCACCACUGCAUUAGGUGUGCGUCAGUUAACUUUUGCCCACAGAACACGAGCUCUUCAGUGUCUCCUCUACUUGGCCAACAAAGAAACUAUAGAAUCUCUCUUCAAAAAGCCCAUUGAAGAAGUGAAAUCUUAUUUGAAAUGUAUAACUUUUCUGGCAUCAUUUGAGACUUUGAAUAUCCCCAUCACGUAUGAAUUAUUUUGCAACAGUCCUAAGGAAGGAAUGAUUAAGGGUCUAUGGAAAAACCACAGCCAUGAACCCAUGGCAGUAAGAUUGGUGACCGAGCUUUGUUUAGAAUACAAAAUCUAUGACCUGCAGCUUUGGAAUGGGCUCUUACAAAAGCUUUUUGGCUUCAAUAUGAUUCCUUAUCUAAGGAGAGUUUUAAUAGCCAUUUCUAGUGUCCAUUCUUUAUGGCAGGUCCCCUACUUCAGCAGAGCUUGGCAGCGCGUGGUCCAAAUACCACUGCUCUCAGCAUCUUGUCCCUUAAGCCCCACCCAGCUGUCAGAUUGUUGUGAGAGUCUCGUUGCUGUUCUAGAAUGUCCAGUUUCAGAUGAUCUCGACAUGAUUGGAAUUGCCAGACAGUAUGUCCAGUUAGAGCUUCCAGCUUUCGCAUUAGCCUGUCUAAUGCUCAUGCCCCACUCGGAAAAAAGACACCAGCAAAUUAAGAAUUUUCUGGGCUCAUGCAAUCCUGAAGUCAUUUUACGGCAAUUAGAAGAGCAUAUGAAUACUGGCCAAUUGGCAGGAUUUUCACAUCAAAUUAGAAAUCUGAUUCUGAAUAAUAUCAUAAAUAAGAAGGAGUUUGGGAUUUUGGCAAAGACAAAAUACUUUCAAGUGUUGAAAUCUCACAUGAUGAAUGCCAACAACAUCACUGACCUAGUAAACUAUUUGGCAAAUGAGUUAAGUUUUGAUGAAGCUUCAGCCUUUAUAACUGAAUACUCAAAGCAUCAUGGGAAGCCAGUGUCACCAGAUGCUGCUCCCUGCGAAAUUCUGAAGGUGUUUCUUAGUGGAUCAUAAUAGAUCAUCAAACCAUGUUUCAAGAAGAACAAGAGGAAGUUUCAAGUCUGCUAUUAACUGACCAUAUUUUUUACAGUUUUAAGAUUGUGCAGUCUAUGUGUUACAACUAUUGUUAAGUGAUCAUAACAAAGCCGUUUCACAGUACUAUGACUGUCCCAUAAAGAGCUCAUUCUUGAGUUAAUAAAUCUUUUCUUUGCUAGUACUUGUAUCACCUAUAGAUACUAUCAACUUUUUUUGCACCCUGUGUGAAAGAAACAAGAUGCAAAAAUAUUUUUCUUCCCCCACAAGAAAAACAACUACUUAUAUCCUAUUUAUUUGACAUGUAUUAAAGAAUAUCAAUCUUUUUAAUGUAAUUCUAGCAAAUAGGUAUAUAAUUUUUGUGGCAGCAUGUUAUCAGUCAGUAUUCAGCCAGAAAAGCAGGAACCACUCUAAAUACUUCAAGCAGAGAGGACUGGAUACCAGAAAUUGGUUAGAAAAGUGUUAAAGGUCUGAAAGGCAGAAGGGAGAAGAAAGGGCCUGUUAGAGGGCAGGCAGUAGGGGAGGAAGGGGCUGCAAGCCAAGAGCAAGAAGCUGCCACUGCCCCUGGGUUGGAGCCACCAGCCCAUUUGCCUCUGCUGCAAACCACCAUGGCCGCUGGCAGGCCACCACCAAAGGGGAAAAGAUGCAGCUCUCUGCUUUUUCCAACCUUCUAAUUUCCAUGGCAGUACCAAGAAGUGACAGAACUGAACAGGAAGCCAUCUGGCAAGGAGUCUGGGAGAUGUAGUCUGCAGGCUAUAAGCCCUCAACAGUACAGAGGCCAGCCUGGAAGGGUGGCGUGGAGUUAAAAGCCACAGAUGCUACUCAGUACACAAAACAUUCGCUACGUCUCCUACUCCGCUUUUGCCAUACUCAUGAAUAACUUGAAUAAACUGAAUUUGAUAAACUAGAA